AUGCGGGCCACACUCUUGUCUGCCGCGUGGCUUGCAACAGCUGCAAGUGCCAGCGCCAUUCCUGCGUUUGAGGAAACUUCUCCUGUGCUCUCAUUCGACAAGAGAGAUGACAUUUCGCUUGGUACCAUGGGAGGAAAGAUCCUACAAGCUGAUGUCUACGCCGGUCUUGCUGCCAUCAAUCAGCAAAUCUUCCAGGCCACACAAAAGCCCACUCAGUGGAAGACGUGCAAUCCUCUGAAUAUCAUUGUGCGACGCGAAUGGGCUACUUUUUCGACUUCUGAGAAGCAAAAUUACAUCUCUGCGAUCAAGUGCAUGAGCAAGUUGCCUUCCAAGACUCCUGCGUCUGUGUGUCCUGGCUGCAAGAAUCGGUAUGAUGACUUUGUUGCGACACACAUUCAGCAAACCUUCUCCAUCCACAAUACUGGUAACUUCCUUGCGUGGCACCGCUACUUCACCCAUGCGUAUGAGCAGACUCUCCGAAAAGAGUGUGGGUACAAAGGCUAUCAGCCCUACUACAACUGGCCACGAUGGGCCGACGACCCGAUGAAGUCGCCUGUGUUUGACGGUUCCGCUACGUCGAUUGGUGGCAAUGGUGUCGCUGGAUGUACGAACCAAACCUUCUAUGGGAUCCCGACCAACGAAGCACCUAUGAUCAAGAUCCCAAAGGGCAAAGGUGGCGGCUGUGUAGCCUCUGGCCCCUUGAAGGAUUGGCCAGUGAAUCUCGGCCCCGUCUUCACUGACUUGACCUGCACACCUGCGAACCCCGUCAGCGACUUUAUGGAUCCCAAAAUCGGUCUCGGACACAACCCACGUUGUCUUAAACGCGAUAUUUCCUCGUGGACGUCGAGCCAAUGGACCGAUGAUGCCUCUGUCGUCAAGCUGCUCAAUAGCAAGGACAUCCAGACCUUUUGGAGCGACAUGCAAGGCGGCGUUCCCUCUUUCGAGAACAACUUCAUGGGCGUGCACACGGCCGGCCAUUUUACGGUUGGUGGCGACCCAGGCUCCGACUUCUUCACCUCCCCUGGAGACCCUUACUUCUUCUUUCAUCAUGCGCAAAUCGACCGUGUGUGGUGGACAUGGCAGAAUCUCAACCCCUCGGAGCGUACCAACGCCAUCUACGGGACGAUUGCUAUUUCCGACCCAACGGCACCCGCCACGAAGCUUAGUGACACCAUAUCUUUGGGCUAUGCCUAUGCUGGGAACAUCACAAUUGAGUCUGCAAUGAGCACCAUGGGUGGACCAUUCUGUUACACAUACAUUUAG